CCUCCUGCCAGAUGGAAGGGGCUCCAACAGUUCAUGUCCAGGGUGAGAGGGGUCAGCUACAAUCCUUCUUGCUGUGACUGAGCUUAUGGGCCUCACUCACUAACAGAACCAUAUGUGUGACACAUGAUUGUGUACCGAGCUGAAUGAUAACAAGACCACAUGGGGUGUUUCUGCCUUUGCUUCAUGAGAGGAAGUCGGUGAAUGUGGGUGCAGUUAACCAGAGAAUGUUCAGGUUAGUCAGAAACAGACGUGUUCGUGUGACAAGGCUCAGGUGAGAUAAGAGGGGCUGAAUGGAGGUGUCUAUGGGCAGUUAGAACCUGUUGACCAGAUGUUUUAGUGUGAACUCAUCCUGACCCCCACCCUGUGCUCAGGUCCUUUAUCAGCUGUAGAGAGGCUCCACUCUCAUCUCGUCCUCCUGCAGACUGCAUUCUGUGUGACGACAGAGCUUUCUCUGCACAGACAAUACAAAGACGGACUUCUUCUCUCAAUGUUCCUUAUUUCAGUGUUAUAGGACUCACUCGGUAACAUUAAAUAGUUUUUUUUCCACCCUACAGGUCACCAAGUCUCAGCAGCAGGUCCAGGUCCCCCAGCACGGUCUGAACCAGCAGAACUUAAAGUCCACCAGCCAGAACAACGCUUCCCAGCAGCUCAAGAGUGUCGCCCAGCAGGUCGCCAAGCACACCGGAAGCUCGGUGCAGGUGGUCCAGAAGAAGUCGGAGCCCGUCAGGAUCCAGAUCCAGGUUCCCCCCAAAAAGGAAGUGAAGUCUUUCUCGGCCCUCCAGCAGAAGAGUGUAGCAGUCAACAAUCAGCAGGUGAAGCUGUCGGCCAAUGGCAGCGUGAGCAGCGCUCAGAUCAUCCACAUCCAGCCUGUGGUUGGUCAGCCGGGUCAGCAGUUCUUCCUGCAGCAGAACCCAGGGGACCCCCCCAUCCAGCUGCUGCUGCAGAGCCCCGCCCCCGUCAUCGGGUCUCUGCUCCCAUUGGUCCACAAGACCACAGGCCAGACAACAUCAGCAUGCACCACUUGCAGCCCGAGUCAGAAACCUGCAAUGUCCCCCAUCAGAGUCCAGACCCCCUCUAUCACCAAGACCCCGCCUAAAACCCCCGCUAACGGUACAGUGACAGUCGCCUGUAAGAGUCCAGGUAAACCACCUGCGGUCAUACCAGCAGAGACCGCCACACCUGCUACUAACCGACCCACCGCUGUGGCCCCGCCCCCAGUGGUGAAGAACAGAGACAGGGAGAAAGAGAAGAAGGCGAAGAAGAGAGAGAAGAGGGCGCCAAAGGUCCAGACCAGAUCUGGUCGAGUCUCCAGACCACCGAAGUACAAAGCCAAAGACUACAAGUUUAUAAAGACGGAAGACCUGGCGGACAGCCACCAGUCCGACUCCGACGACUACUCCGACAUGAGCGUGGAGGAGGAGGAUGGCGGCAGGAAAGAUGGCCCUGCCCCCGGCGUCUCUCUCACCUACAGCCACAAGUCCCGGUCCCACCGAUGCCAGACCUGCGACAAGGCCUACAUUGGUCUCGGAGGCCUGAACCGGCACUACAAACUAAACCCGACUCACGGGGAGCCCGCCGAUCUGCCCGACAGUGCACCACACCCGCUCAGAGAUGACGGCCAAUCACAGGAGGCGAAAACGGGAGGUGUCACAGAGGAGGAGGAGGAGGAGGAGGAGGAGGAGAGGAGGAGGACGACCACGACGACGACCACAACGACGACGACCACGACCACGACAGAGGACGAACCUGUUGACACGGCAUCAAACAGAGUGGAGGGGGGUCCAGCACCAUCUGUAGGACUCCGGGGCCUCAAUCCCCGGGGCCCCGGCAGGCCCCGAGGGAGAGGGAGAGGGAGAGGCAGGGGACGGGGACGAGGACGAUCACUGGGACCGCCUCCUAAAGUGACGGGGGGGCUCGUCAGUAGGCGGGGCCGUCGCGGUCGACCUCCGAAGCUCGCCAUCGCCAUGGUUACCGCCGAGCAGCAGGUGGAGAGGAGACGAGACAGACUGCAGGAGCUGGUGGAGCAGUGUGAGGAUGAGGAGCUGAUGGACAUUGUUCUUCCUCGUUUGACCAAAGUGUUGAGUCUGUGGGAGGUGCUUCUGGCAAAG